GACUAACAGAAGGUAAUGUCACUAAACUAUUGUAUUUUUAAUAUCAUUUACAUAUUGUUGCUUACAUAUGUUUGUUGGUUUUGUAGGGACUUGUCCCGGCAAUUGCUGAGUUGAUGCAAUAUGCUGAGCACAGAAUGUGUGCUCGGCAUAUAUAUGCAAAUUGGGCAAAGAAGUACAAAGGUGAUCAACUGCAAAGGCAAUUCUGGCUGAUUGCAAAGAGCACAAAUAUGACAGAAUUCAGAAUUCACAAAAAAGCUCUACAUGCCUUAUCAGCUGAAGCUUUUGAUGCAUUGUUCCAAACUGAAGCAAAACAUUGGUGCAAAGCCUUUUUUAGUGAAGAAUUCAAGUGUGAUGCCGUGGACAACAAUCUUUGCGAGGCAUUCAAUGGCAGGAUCAUAGGAGCUAGGUGUAAAUCCAUCAUAAGUAUGCUUGAGGACAUUAGGAUUUUGGUAAUGACGAGACUGCAAAAACAGAGAGAUGAAUGUGCCAAUUGGCCUACACAGUGUGGGCCUAGGAUUGUGAAAAAAUUGGAUGACAACAUUCCUGCUAGUAGGUUUUAUCAUCCAAUUUGGAAUGGAGACGAUGGAUACGAGAUUAUGCAUAAUGGUGACAAGUAUGUUGUUCACUUGGAGAGGAAAAAUUGUUCUUGUCGAGCAUGGCAGUUGACUGGGAUACCUUGUUGUCAUGCCAUUUGUGCCAUCCUGCUCAAGCAAGCCAAUCCAAAGGAUUAUGUAGAUGACUGUUACAAGAAACCUAAGUAUCUUGCUGCAUACCAAUUCAUGAUGCAGCCGUUGAGAAGUAGCAAGUUCUGGGAUAAAACAAAUCAUCCACCCCCAGAACCUCUACCACUGAAGAAGCUGCUUGGCAGGCCCAAGAAGAAAAGGAGGUUGCAGGAAAUAGAGAUUAGUAGUAACAGAAUGAGUAGGGCUGGUGGAAUCAUACGGUGCUCACUAUGCCAUCGGGAAAGGCACAAUAAGGUUGGUUGUCCAAAUAAGAAGCAGCAACAGCGACAAGAGCAGACAACACAGGCCAAUGAUACAGGGGUACCUCAGGGAGCCACACAAAGUAAUGAUGGGGAACCAAGUGGGCCAACUCAGUCCAACAUUGUACAGCCGAGGAGCAAAAUUCAAGUUAGAAAAAGAUCAAGUGGAGGUGUUUCCACUGAUAGUUCUGCACCACAACGUACACGUGGUGCACUUGGGAAAAGGCUUAGGAAAUAUGGCUAUGGGUUGUUUACAGACAUGAAUACCGGCAUGACCAUUUUGAAUAGGUGCUGAUAUCUCAAGGAGGACCAAGUCAAGAAUCGGCUGCACCACCAAGAACAACAAGAAGUCAAGGGCAAGCACUGCUAAACCAAUCAAUGGUAACUCGAGCACAAUCUAAGAGGAAGCAACCAAUGGCACUACCAAAUCAGAAGGUGCAAAGGCCAGCUCGAAAGCAGGCACCCAAAAAUGCCACAACAGCGCUUGCGUCCGAAUCAAAUGAUCCUGGAAAUGUCACUACACAUCAGUCUGAACAACCUGCUACCACAGUGGCACCAAUCACAAGAAGUUCAGCAGGAGACAACACCAACAAACAUCAAGGACCAAGCAAAAGAAUGUCUCCUCCAAAAGCUAAGCCAGCUGAAA